UCUCAUGAUACCCAUCAUGAUCGAAGCGGGAAUCGACAAGGAGAGCGUCCAGGUUGAUAAACCUAAUGAAGCUGGAGACGGAUGUCGAGGAUUUUGCGACUAUCUUGAUGGAUAUUUCUGCCUGGAUUUCUUUGGAAUCUGUGAGCCUUGUAGCCAAGCAGACUGUGAGUCUCGCGACAAGUCAUUCUGUCCACCGAAGUGCGAAGAUUACUUGAAAAGACAACAACCCACCUAUACUUCACCUACAAGAACGGCGUCCAAAUCGACAACACCAGACUUUCCUCAGGGAUCGCUAUCCUCCACAGCUUCGUUUCAGCAUUCCUCUUCAUCAGAUUCGUUAACCAUGUUAACUGAUGAACUUACGCAGCCACACUUACGAUUCACAAACAUCUUUGUCCCAGUAAUAGCCACUGGGGCCAUUCUUAUCCUGAUACUUUUAUGUACAUGUAUGAUAUGUGUAUACCCCCGGGCGAUGUUUUUUCUCCUGAGUACUAUGAGGAUGAGGCAAACACGACGCGAUGCCUCACCAGCAGUCACGGCGAAGAUGAAAGUCAGAUCAACGUUUACUCCUGCGAGUCCUAACCCUUGCACAUCCGUCGCUAUGCCAUGUUUGCCGCCUGAUCUUAUUAACUCACUUUCAACGAAUGUGUGACUUCUCUAUAAUUCCACCUUCGACAUGAAUGUCACUGGGAUACAUGAUUAGCGGAUAAUUCUUUUCUUCGAAGAACUGAAGUUUGUCAUCACUGAGCUUAAUUAGGUAUCUCGCUAGGCUGCGACAGAUAGCGACUAGUUUCAGACACAGAAUUGCGAGAAAAUACGCGAAUUGGCGACGAUUUCACUUGGAAUCACACUGAAUUGGUACUUUCGGUACAUCUGUUGCACGAACUCUCAGCAAAUCGUUUAGAGUUCGCAUACAUGUCGUGCGAUAUUUGCACAUCAGUCGAGUGACAUUCGUGCAAAUAUCGUUCAAA